CCCCCUCCCACUCACCAGCCUCACAGACAACUCCUGAACGAAAGAAGAUCUCUACAGAAUCCUCCGGACAUCCGACAUGCUCUGGCUCUUGGUUGGACUUUGCGGACUGUCUUUGGUCAACCUAUCAGCCCCCCUCCCCCAGGCCGCUAUUACCCAGAAGCCUCGGUUCUACGGCGUGAUGGAGAGACUCAAAGCGGUCAUCUACUGUGAGUGUCCGCUGGAUCCGCCCCUGCUGGUGGACUGGUUCUGGGCCAAGGAUUCAGACUCGGUGGCCCAGGGGCCGAUGAGGCAAAACGACACUGUGGUCAUAAAGGGGAAGACAAGAUGUCGCAGCGCCUAUCUUUUAAUCAAGAACGUGAGCCUCUGGGACAGCGGCGUCUACUACUGCCAGGUCAACGGCAUCAGGGGAGCCGGGACCGGCCUGCAGGUCAUGCCAUCUCUCAACGUCUCCAAGGCGGAGAAGAGGAGCAUGAUGAAAGAUGCGUUCAUCAUCCUGCAGACCUUGAUGUUGGCGAUCUGCGUUGCUGCGCCGCUGGUGCAGAGAUACAUUCUAGUUAAAAAAGAAGAUGCAAUUUAUGAGGAUCCACAACAAGACCAUACCUACGAGGGCCUGGUGGUGGAGACGUGUGAGGGGGCGCUCUACGAGGACAUCUCGGCCUACGCCCAGACAGGGGGGCCCGAGGCCCCCUGGGAAGACUGAUGUUGCCCUGACAACUAGCCCCCCCCCCCGCCUCGAUUGCUGUCAUUACAACCACCCGCAGGCGUCGUCAGGGCGACCGUCCUAGGGCGCCGGGACUAGCCUUCAACCGUGGCCGUUGCAACCCUUCCCCCGUCGCCGUGACAACAAUACGCAAUCAUAAUGACCGUCAUCUCCACGGCGACGCAUAGCUUCUCAGAUAACAUCCAGUCCUGUAACGGCGAUAUCUUCUUGCCGGUUGGUUGAGUAUAUUUGGAUGCAAAAUAACAAAUAAACCUUUGAACACAUGAA